AUGGCAAAAGUGGGCAGCACAUCUGGGAACUCUGUAGCCGACGCCGUGACUGCGAAAGGCUUGGGGCUCUUGAGACUGAGACCUGCUCCUAGUGUUGCGCGGCUGAGGGGCCAGGAGCAUGCUUCCAAACCUAGCACAGCACCUGCGAGUGCAUUGCUCUGCUCAAUGGCAGCCUCAUGCUGCGCAUGCAGACGUUUGCGCAGCUCGCGAAUAAAGAGGCGUGUGACGGCUGAGCGCACCGCACGGAGAGAAGAGUUAAUGCGGCCGAAGACAGCAACCAGCAACAAGUGGCAGUGGAGAGACAACAUCACAGUCCACUAUGCCAAAGCCGCGUCAAAGAUACCUGGAUCAGACACCGCCGUAGUCUUGCUGCACGGCUUUGGGGUGGCCUCUUUCCACUAUGAGGCGCAGUUUGGCCCCCUCAGUGAGGCAGGCUAUACAGUCUAUGCAGCUGACAAUGUUGGGGCUGGCCUCUCUUGGCCGGACUGCGAUCCUGCACCCGGGACUCCGGCAGAGUUGACGAGUCCUGGCACCGAAUGGGGCUUCGGCCAGCCGAGGCCUCCCUUUGAAGAUCUGGUGAUCGGGGAGGCUCUCUGGGUGGAUCAGGUGAGAGACUUCAUUGCUGAAUGUGUGGAGGAGAGGAACGUCAUCAUAGGAGGCAACUCGCUCGGAGGAUACCUGACAGUGCUUGCCACGGCAACCAUGGACAACAGCAUGGUUGGCCGAAUCAAGGGUGUGGCACUCUUGAAUCCCACGCCAUUCUGGGGCUGGAUACCGAGUCGCGCAAAGAAUCCCAGCCUCCACGAUGCUUUUCCCUGGAAGGGCCAGCUGCCUGUUCCUUCCUCUGUACGGCCUUUGACGCUCACCUGGUAUAACACCCUGAGAAAUCCAGACUCCAUUGAAUGGCUCCUGAACUUCGUGACUUCCAACCCUGCCGGAGUGGGCCAUGAGCUGGCUGAGCGAAUCGCUACAAUGGCGGAUCACCCGGCAGGGGCGGCAGCAUUUGCACAGAUCCUUUUUACGCCGCAAGCUGAGCUGACCUUCGACGAGGCGCUGGAGGCUGUGGUCCAACGCAAGAUUCCGGUCUUUCUUCUGUACGGCCGGGAGGACCCGUGGAUCAUCCCUUACUGGGCGGCCCGCGCUUACACCACUGCUCCAGACGCAGACUACGUGCAGCUUUCGCCUAGUGGGCAUUGCCCACAUUACGAGACGCCAGCUGCAGUCAACGAAUCCUUGCUCCGCUGGCUCCAGGACAAGGCUCCUGUAGAUGGCCAGCCACCGCGUCAGAAUCUGCCCGGGUCUAUCGGGGCGUCCUUCGCCGUGGAGGAGGAAGAUGGCCGCGAGAUCCUUGUCACGCGCCGGGGCUUCCCAGAGCCCUUUCGGGAGGAUGAACUGGCUUGGGAUGAGUUCCCGGCAUGGCUUCAGCAGGUGGCACGUGGAACUGAGUGA